UGACUGCUACAUCUGCGCGAUGAAGUUUGGAGCGGCGCCUUACCGGCCAUACUGACAGACGUGGCUGGAAAUGACUAUAUUUUUUUGCAGAACACUUUCUGUGAGUAAAUGUAUUGAACCAAUUACGAGUUUGGCGCAAAUGAUUUUCUCGGAAAUUGGACUAAUGGACAAUCCUGCUACUGGCUGUCUAAUCUGAAAUCGGCCGCAUAUGUUCCUAAAACGACUUGCCAUUAUGAUCCUUUCACUCUGGUGCAAGUAAAAGUUGUAUUUCUCACGCAUCGCAAGACAUUGAAAGAUACCUCAUAACAAGACGGUUUGCAAUAUAAACGUUUGGAACGGGAUGUUUUAUCCCUCUGAAGUCAUAUUCUACAUCGAAAUGGAUCAGGCACCUCCAGCUCUCCCUCCCAGGUCAGCCAAACCCAUUACCUCCUUCAUGAACGACAACUGCCUAAGGGAAGCCCCAGUAUAUCCCCUGCAGGAUGCCGAGUGGUACUGGGGAGACAUUUCCAGGGAGGAAGUCAACGAGAAGCUCCGCGACACACCUGAUGGUUCCUUCCUGGUUCGUGACGCUUCCACUAAGACACAAGGAGACUUCACGCUAACGCUGAGGAAAGACGGGCACAGCAAGCUUAUUAAGAUCUACCACCGUGAGGGGAAGUAUGGCUUUUCAGAGCCCCUGACCUUCUGCUCUGUAGUGGAGCUCAUCUGGCACUACCAGCACCAUCCUCUGGUGGAAUACAACGCUGUACUGGACGUCAUUCUCACACACCCUGUCUCCCGCUUCCAACAGGAUGAGCAGGUGAAAGUGAACAGUGUUGAUGUGGCCGGGAGGAAGCUACAGGAGUACCACAGUCAGUACCAGGAGAAGAGUCAACAGUUUGACUGUCUGUACGAGGCCUACAAUAAAACCUCACAGGAGAUCCAGAUGAAGAGAACUGCGAUAGAGGCCUUUAACGAGACCAUGCUGAUCUUCGAGGAGCAGUGUCGCGAGCAGGAGCGUUAUGGGGAGGAGUGUGAAAGGAGCAUUCGAUCUAAGGGAACAGAGAAGGACUUGGAGAGAUUCCUGAUGAACUAUGAGAAGCUAAAGUCUCGGCUGGGGGAGAUCUAUGACAGUAAGGUCCAUCUGGAACAGGACCUGAGGACCCAGGUCCAGGACUACAGAGAGACAGACAGGAGGAUCAACAGCCUCAGGCCUGACCUCAUAGAGCUACGCAACAUCAGAGACGAGUACCUCAAUUGGCUGAAUCACGAAGGUGUGCAACAGAAACGCAUUAACGAUUGGCUGGGGUUCCAAGACAAUAGCAGUGACAACACCUACGUGUUGAAGGGCGAGAGUGAGAGACUGGCGCACCAUGACGAGGGGAGCUGGUUCGUGGGCGAGCUGAGCAGGACGCAGGCUGAGGAGAUGCUGAUGGACAAACCCACCGGAACCUUCCUGAUUCGCGAGAGCAGCAAGCAGGGUUGCUACGCCUGCUCCGUAGUUGUUAAUGUAGAAGUGAAGCAUUGCAUGAUUUAUAGCACGCCACGUGGCUAUGGCUUCGCUGAGCCCUACGACCUCCACUGCUCUCUGAAGGAGCUCGUUCUGCACUACCGCCUCAACUCCCUGGCACAGCACAACCAGGCCCUGGACGUCCGGCUGGAGCACCCUGUCCACGUCACUCCUGUCUCGUCAGCCUUGCCACACACAGCCACAGAGGACUGCCUGCUACAACAGACGGAGGAACACCAUCUUCUACAGACUCAAACUAAACUACCCGCUGGACUCCCUGCAGCCGCUCCGGAGAUGUAGAUUAGUCAGCUGUGGGACGUGUUUGCGUACUGUAGCUAUCCUAUGAGGACUACUUGAGGGCGGACAUGUUUGUGUACUGUAGCAACUUGAGGGCGGACAUGUUUGCGUACUGAAGCUAUCCUACGAGAACAACUUGAGGGCGUUCUUUUCUCGAAGAAGAAUGUGUGAAAUUUGCACUAGGAUGAUUCCAACGGAUUGGUGAAUGUAAUUUCACUUAAUUGGAACUUUGACCGGAACUUGAAUGUCAGCUAGGACUUAGUUUUUUAUAAGAUUCUGUUUGCUAUUUGUUUUUUUGUACCCAUUUUUCACCUUUUCUUUCAUGGGAUUUUAUUUGUUUUAGUGGGCCUGGUCAUCCGGGAGAUGACUGACUACAUAUACUACGUCACAAUAUGUUGGUAUUUGUCAGGUGCUGUUUUUCAUUUGGACUUCUAGGGUCCCAUUUUGACAACACAAGUACUGGUGCUAAUGUAAAAUGAGAUUGUAAUACACCCAAUACCUUGGAAUUUAGAAUUUAUUUCAAAACAUUUUAAUUGUUGUGAUGUCCAUGCACGGAAGAUCAUAAAAGUGGAAUUAGAAUAUAAUGGUACAGAAAAACAAGAUGGCUGACUCAGUGGCGUAGCUAGCUGUGCUAUACAUACCAAACAUGUUCUGGGUAUUUCAGUACAUAGUCAUGCAAAUAUAGGAACUGAUGUGGCGCAUCUUGACAGUAGCGCUGCUUUUUUUUUUGUCAAAAUAUAACCCAGUUACCAGUUGAUAUGUACUGUAUGUAGCAUAAACAAUUUUCUGGAUAUCCUUAGAAUGACAUUUUCCAUAUUGUAUCCAAUAACCAAAGCACUUGCUAUUAGUGAUAAAAGUAUAUAUUCCGACCAGAAAAUGACAUUUAUGGUGAUGGCGGAAAACACCACACGUGCUUGAUCAAAACAUAAAUUGAAGUACUGUAUAUUAUAUUCUGUUAUUCAAAGUAUAAGCUUUUUGUAUUUUUUGAUAUUAUAUAUUUUCUGAAAUAUGCCACAGAAGAUGAAAGCUUGAGGAAAGUGCAAUCCAACAGUAUUUGUAUUUUUAGAAAUUCAUUAUUAUAAUUAUGGGGGGUCGUCAGCUUUUGCCACAGAAAUGCACUAUCUUUUAAUUGGUGGUGUUAUUCAUCUGAUGACGUGACCUUUUAAGAACAUUGUGUGAACUGCCAGAGAUGCGGAAGUGUACAUUCUGUCUCUAUUACUUGAACUGUGGCAUUGCUCAAGAAGAGCGAUUAAUAUUUCCUCAUGACAUGUAGGCCUACAUAGCUUAAGGAAAAUAAUACAUUUUGUUCUUGGCACAUAUGUCAAGUUUGAGGACAAAAGACACUCUGUAUUGAGAUACUGUAAAACUUUUGUGGUUGGUUUGAUGGAGGGUGUUUUAGUCUUCUUAAAAACUAGACAGGAGCAUUGAGGAAGCUCCUGGAGCYACUUUAAGCAAUGUGAGAUUCUUAAUUUUUCUUGCUGAAGACAAUAAACUGAUGAGGGUUUUGUUGAA